UCCCUGUUUCGUGACCCAACGUUUUUCUCGAUCGUGCAAAACCAGGCGGUGACCACCCGAUCCGUAUAUCCCUCCACGUGGCAGCAUCCAGAGCCAACCUGGCAGGGAGAGUGUGGGCCAUUCAUGGCGACGAACCGGUCUUUAGGUUGUUUGAUGGUCUCUGUAAGCAACGCUCUGUACCCGUCUUCUAACAAGAUUUUAGCGACUGGGGGUCAAUUGUAUAAGAACUGGGGUUUAAGGCUUUAAGCCACAGAUAGGAUGGUUUUCAGAGGGUUUUUGCAGAGAGAAGGAGAAAGAAAAAAACUAUAAAACUACGGUUGCGUGUCGGAAAAUGUUUGGGUCUUGAGGAAGGCAGAGCGAGAAAACCAUGGGAUAGGAUAGGGGCUGUUUCUGUUUACGUGAUCCACGAAAACUCUGUCUGGGUUUUUGUUUUUUCUUUCCUAGAUUAUUAGAUUUCUGAGUUUCAAAUUUUCCGCCCACUUCCGAUCUUGCAUUGUUGGUGUUCAAUUGUGUAAGCUUUUGCUUUGCUUCUUCAAAGCAUGGGUUUUUAGGGAGAAUUCUCAUGAAUUUUGACGAAAAGUCGGUUGCUUGCAGAAUGCAGGGUUUCUUUGUCCUUUGGGCUUUUGGAAGAUGAUUAGUGAAUCUGUGGCAGUAAAUUUGAUUUAAAAAACAAAAAAAAAUAAAAAUAAUGAUAGUGUUCUGUGUGUUUUGAGUUCUUGGCAUGCCUUUGAGAUAUGGUGUUGCAAAAGAGAUUGGAUUACGGAUUUAAUGGCUAUCAGGUGCCACCAAUACCACGAGCUACCAGAUCAGCGAGGCGGAGAAGCGUUAUUUGGAGGAAAGGCGGUGACAAUCAGAUGUGUGCAUUUGAAUUAUUAGCUAGUGUAGCUGGCAAGUUACUGCUGGAGGGGGAAAGCUCUUCUAGUUCGAAAGACAAUACUUCACUUGAGAAAGUUAAUAUCAAGAAGGAAAAACAGAAUGAAGAAGGAACGAUGCUAGAAAGAUCUUGCAAUCGAGGAAGUAAAGAACGGGGUUUCUUUAUUUCUGAGCUCGUUUCACAGGCCCCCGUGUUAAAUAACUGUUCGAGUGAACUCCCACGUUCCCGAAAUGGUAUAUUGUCUGGACCUUCAUCUGUUAUAACCACUUGUGAUUUCUCAGAUACGAUUGCUUUAGUGGAGCAAUUGGGUAAUGGCGAAGUCUUCUCUAGCUGUAAAUCAGGAGGCAAUCGGGUGUCUGAUAAUGUCAAGGUUGCAACCGAUAGUAAGGAUGGCAUCUGCAGUUCAGAGUUUCCGGUCCUUGGGGAUAGGAAAAAAACGUCAACUUUAGUUUGUUCAGACAAUAGUGUAGAGUUAACUUUAUCAAGGAACCACGUCCCUUGUGGGUCCUUGCCUCCUGCAAAUAGGGACGAUGUAAAGUUAGGUAGUAGAGAUGAUGACGAAAACCCGUUACGUAGCACGUCUAAUAAGGCCUUCAGGCCAUCACUGCGAAUGAGGGAUCAAAGGGUGAAGAAGUUACUGGCAUCUAAAUAUUGGGAAUUGAAUUCAAAAUCGAGUGAUAAGCAACAUCUAGAUGCUGAUGUUGAAAGCAGUUUCAAGCACCAAAGAUCUCUCAGAGAUUACCCUUACAAAAAAAGAAAGCUCUAUGAUUGUGGCUCGGUAGGAAACUCCGAUGGGGGGAAAAGUAGCGAUGGAAUGUGUACUUCACUUGCUAGGGGUUAUAGUGGAGUGAAAAGUAGCAAUGGAUUAUGUACUACUCCUAAUGGAGAUGCCUCCCGUUAUUGUCUCACAUUACCAACAGCCCACUCAACAACUGGGCAAUCAACCUUUGCAGUGGAUGAACAAGCAUCCUUUAGGCCUGGUGAUCCCCAUGUGAAGCUCAAAAUUAAGUCUUUCCGAGUUCCUGAACUUUUCAUAGAGAUUCCAGAAACUGCAACCAUUGGUUCUCUCAAGAGGACAGUCAUGGAGGCAGUGACCAGAAUUCUUGGAGAUGGGCUAUGUGUUGGUGUGGUUUUCCAAGGAAAGAAAGUUGGAGAUGACAAGAAAACCUUAUUACAGACAGGAAUUUCUCACAAUAACAAGCUCGAUGCUCUGGGUUUCACUCUUGAGCCCAAUCCUUCUCAAGAUCCCCCACUUCUGGGUUCAGAAGCCCAUACUCAACCUUAUUGUGAUACACCAAGACCACUAAAAAGGUAUCCAGCUGCUCGCAGCAUAGCUCAUGCUGUGGUGCAAGCGGGACCUGCCAAUAUCCUCAAUGAUGAAGCAGGAACAAAUUUGAUCAAUUUCAUUGGAAGUAGUCAUGAUUUAGAUCCAUCCCGUGCCAAUGUCUCGUUAGAAAAACAUGCAGCAGAUUCAAGAGCAUUGGUUGCUGCCCCAGGGGUAAAUCUGGAAACAUUUGCCGCAGUUCCAGUGCGGAAACCAAAGCGAUCUGAGGCAGCACGACGUCGAAUUCGCCGACCUUUCUCCGUUACUGAAGUGGAAGCGCUUGUUCAAGCUGUUGAGAAGCUUGGUACUGGAAGAUGGCGUGAUGUUAAGCUUCGGGCUUUUGACAACGCCAAGCACCGAACUUAUGUCGACUUGAAGGACAAAUGGAAAACAUUAGUGCAUACUGCAAGAAUAUCUCCACAGCAAAGAAGAGGCGAGCCGGUGCCCCAGGAGCUGCUAGACAGGGUCCUGACCGCCCACGCCUACUGGUCGCAGCAACAAGCGAAGCAACAGAUGAAACAGCACCCCGAGACUUGUCUUCUUCUCUAGGAGUAUUAGGGAGGGAGGGGGCGCAGGGGACUCUGACUCGACUAUAUGUUAAUUACUCAUAUAAACUUGAUGUAAAGAAUACGAAAUGGUGCAAGUAAAUUAGUACAUGCGAUAUUAUUGUGUAGCUUCAGGUGGUGAUUUGUCUCCUGCGUGGAGGGCUUAGCGCAUUGUAAAUGCUUGAUUCAAUAAGUGCUUUGCUAAUGGGAUUUUUUUUUUUCCUUGUGUCAAGACUUUUGCAUUUCCAGUUUCCUCAAUGCUUUGCAAGAAUUCUUUGUUGUUCUGUGUA